CAGUGAGGGUGAGUGCAAAAGAUACAUCAAUAUGAGGUAUCAAACUGAGGGGUAGAUGUUCCUUUUAAGUGGCUGCUCAUUUCCCUGAGCCGUAAUAUGGGCUAAAGGUUAACUUACACAAUCUCCGUGGAAGAACAAUUUCUCUUUUUUUGGGAAGGGAGAAGGAGGGGGAAAGGGCGUUGUUUCAUAUUCUUUCCCACCUAUAGACUCCAUGUGAUGUACAGUGCUGCUCAUGCAGAUUUUUUUUACCCCCCGCUGGAUUAUUUGCUAAUCAGACUUCAGUGCAGUGGAGAUAAGAGCGAGACUGUUGCCUAGCUCCCGAGCCCGGAGCCAGAACCGCCGCCGCUGCCGCUCCGCCGUCCCGCCUCUCCAUGGGCCCGGCGCGGCGGAGCUGUCCGAGGUGCUAGGAUGAUGCUGGCUGCGCGGGGGGUCAGGGCAGCCGGAUUGCAGCAGGAGAGGAGCCCCACAGUCCUGCUGGCACCCGAAGGUAGGCUUGCUCUUUGUUUGAGAAUUCCUGAUUAAUCAACAACAGCACCAACAGAGCCAGGCAGCCGGUGAGAGCAAGCCUGCCUGUAGUCACGGGGGAGAGAGAGACGAUGCCACAAACCAGACUGCUUCAGACCUUCUGUAUUUGAGUGGCAAUGAGCGAGCGAGCGUCUUUCCUUGCUGCAAGAAGCCAUUUGGAUAGGAUAUUUGCUCUUCCUUAUAUUCCUUUCUUUUUGUCUCCACGGAACAUAUUCAAAUGAGGCACCUUAGAAAUCUCUGUGUUAGUGCAUAUGAUGGUGCUGUAAUCGUCUGUGUUGUAAAGUGGGUAAAAAUCAUCCAGUUUCUUCUCUGCUGGACCUCAAAGCAGGGUGUUGUUUAUACCCUCCCAUUAUCCAUACCCUCUCUUCUCUGAAUGUGGAUUUAAAGAAGCAAGCACUUGUCUUUUCUUUCCACUGCGUUGUUUUGUUUUUUUUUUUUUUCAAAGCCAAACUUUCCAUGCCAUUUUAAUCAUAUGUUAAGAAGAUCUGUAACAUAACACAUUGACUUGUAGUGAUGUCGAAUUCUACAAUCUGGGCAAUUCUGCCAGCAAGAUUUAAUGCACUUUAACUGAAGAAAAAACUGAGCCUAACUGAAAAUCUGUUUCUUAUGGUGCUGAAAUAUCCCUUCCGACUGCACUGAGGUAACCACAGGAAAGGGCUUUUACAGGCAAAAGUCACCUUUGAUUAUUGCACUUAGUGGUCCCCGUGGACUUAGAUUUUGGAAACGUUACUUUCCUUUGUUCAUUAUCUCCUGCAAGAUGAUGAGUUCUAAUCAGGAGGAGGUCACUUUGGGCGCUUUUCUCCAGUAUAUUGAAGAUAUGGGGAUGAAGGCCUAUGAUGGCUUGGUUAUACAGAAUGCAUCAGACAUUGCUCGAGAGAAUGAUCGCAUGAGGAAUGAAACAAACCUGGCUUACUUGAAAGAAAAGAGUGAAAAACGUCGAAAACAAGAAGAAGCAAUAAAACGCAUAGGUGGAGAAGUAGCAAGAGGAAAUGAAGGCAGCUACGUGGGGAAACAUUUCCGCAUGGGAUUUAUGACAAUGCCGGCUCCUCAGGACAGACUGCCUCAUCCUUGCUCCAGUGGCUUUACCGUGAGAUCCCAGUCUCUUCAUUCUGUUGGAGGAACUGAUGAUGAAAGUAGCAGCUCUCGUAAGCAACCACCUCCAAAACCGAAGCGAGACCCCAACACCAAACUCAGCACCUCAUCUGAAACAGUCAACACAGGAACAACAAGUAAAAGUGGGAAACUACCGGACCGGACUGAAGCUUUGGAUCAGGACCCACGUCCGCUGAUGUCUGAGUGGCAGAGUUUCAACACAGUGUCAGCCAAACCAAGACCUCACAGUGAUGAAUACACAAAGAAGAUUCCACCUCCUAAGCCGAAACGAAAUCCAAACACUCAGCUAAGCACAUCUUUUGAUGAAACAUAUAUCAAAAAGCAUGGCCCUAUGAAGACAACACUCACUAGGGAUGCCUCUUUAUCGCAGGUCAGCAGUCCUGCUCCCGACACAGAGGAAGAAGAGCCUGUUUAUAUUGAAAUGGUUGGGAAUAUUCUCAGAGACUUCAAAAAAGAUGAGGAUGACCAAAGCGAAGCCGUCUAUGAGGAGAUGAAAUACCCUAUAUUUGAUGAUGUAGGCCAAGAUUCAAAAUGUCAAUGUGAAUAUGACCAUCACACUUGUUCUUCUCAGUGUGCUACUCCCACAGUGCCUGACCUAGAUUUCACCAAGUCUUCAGUGCCAUCUACUCCCAAGGGCUUGCUUUGUGAUAUACCCCCACCAUUUCCAAAUCUGCUUUCUCACAGACCUCCACUGCUGGUGUUCCCACCAGCACCAGUGCAGUGUUCCCCAAAUUCUGACGAGUCUCCUCUAACUCCACUAGAGGUCACAAAGCUUCCCGUUUUAGAAAAUGUGUCUUACAUCAAACAACAAGCUGGAGCUUCUCCAUCUUCACUGCCACCUCAUACACCAGGCCAUCAAAAACUGGAGAAAGAUCAGACAGCAUCUCAUGGAACUAGCACCCCUGGGCACACCUCCUCACCUCCUCAUCCUUCUACCUUAUACAGAACACAGUCUCCACAUGGUUAUCCUAAAAGUCACUCUGCCUCACCUUCUCCUGUCAGUAUGGGUAGGUCUCUCACCCCCUUAAGCCUCAAAAGACCUCCACCUUAUGACUCUGUACAUUCAGGAAGUCUCUCAAGAAGCUCCCCAUCAGUGCCUCAUUCUACAGCCAGAAACACAUUGCAAGAAGGAGGAAAGAUGGUAAAUGCCUCUGUCAGUACCUACGGGUCAUCCUGUCAGAGUGGUUCCCGUUCUCGGACACCCACCAGUCCUCUGGAGGAACUAACCAGCCUCUUCACCUCAGGACGAAGUCUCCUGAGGAAGUCCUCCAGUGGCAGAAGAUCUAAGGAACCUGCAGAAAAACCACUAGAUGAGCUGAAGAUCAGAAGUCACAGCACUGAACCACUACCAAAGCUGGAAAACAAAGAGAGAGGAUAUCAUGGGACAACUUCCUCUAGGGAGCCAGGGAAAGCUCAGGAAUGGGAUGGAACGCCGGGCCCGCCUGUGGUAUCCAGCAGGCUGGGGAGAUCCUCUGUCAGCCCAACCAUGUUGGCUGGAAGCAACAGCUCAGAGUCUAAAGCAAGCUGCAGAUUAGGUCGGUCUGCAUCCACAUCAGGUGUGCCUCCUCCCUCCGUGACACCGCUCAGGCAACCCAGUGACCUUCAGCCGAGCCAGGUCACAUGUAUGCAGUGGUUGCAAGGGGACCAUACGAUGCUGGAUAUGAUAGAAAAAAAGCGUUGCCUCUGCAAAGAAAUAAAAGCUCGACAGAAAUCAGAGAAAGGACUCUGCAAACAGGACAGCAUGCCUAUUUUGCCGAGUUGGAAAAAGAAUACCGGGACCAAGAAAUACAGCCCUCCUCCUUAUUCCAAACAACAAACUGUGUUCUGGGACACUGCAAUUUGACAGGCCUGUGGAGGAUGCCUUCUCCACUGUGUUGCACCGAGCACAGAAAGAAAAUGGCAGAAGAAAAACUCCAGAGAUCUCGCAAAGUUCCAGAAUCUGCUGGAAAGAAGACAACUUGUUGGUCAUGAGAAAUCUGUUGAGAUAACAGGUUCAUUAUUCAGAAAGUGUUUAUGCUUUGUCUUCCUUGUAAUGUGGCAAGAGAAGAAUUUUCCAUAACCAUGUGUGAAAUACUUAGCUCAGCCCUUUCCCCCAUCUGCACAAGGUCUCUGGUGACAAAAUGAAAGCUGGUGUUCAGUCAAUCUUGAUAGUCCUUCUCCACACUGGUCUCUUCCCGGAGCAGUUCCUUUAAAACCCCAUUGCUGAAGCAGUUUCACAGUCCAGACAAUUGGGCUGCAGCGCCCGGCCCUUUGGGGGAAGGCAGGUGUUAAUGUGAACAGUUACGUGUUUGACAGUGUUUGUUCAUAUCGUGUCCUUUUCAUAUCAAUAUGUAAUAGGAAUAAUGAUCAGGGAAUUGAAGCAUUCUUGUCCUAAGCAGACUUGCUUGUACACUUAGCCCACCACAAACCACUCCUUGUUUUGCUUUUAUUGCUCAACACUGUUUGUGUUGUCCUUCCUAAAUAACUGCCCAUGUGCUUCCAGACCUCCAUUGUAUCCCAUGGAAACAAUGGCUUUUUGUUUCAAAGCGCGACAACAUGAUGAAGUAAAAUAUAACUUAGCACUUACCUUCAAAGCACUUUAGAAAUGUGAAGUAAACCUCACACUUGCGAGAACCGUUUUACAGAGGAGGGAAGUGAGGCUCGGGUGGAGUAGUUUCCGAAGGUCAUGGACAGAGCCAGAACAGGACAUAGGCCACUGACCUGUCCCCUGAUUGCUGGCCCACCACAUCCCUCGAGUAAAAGGCACAUUGUGCUGCCAAGAGCUGCCGCCACAACGCUGUUAAACAUUCCCUACACCACCUCUUGUCUCAGCAGCUUCUGCGUCACAGGGUGAAUGACAGUGCUUAGUUACACACGGUCAUUAAAGCUGUAGUCUGUAUAAAUAUGCAAUCUGUAUAUACAUACAGAUCACAUAUAUACACACACUUAUGAAGACUGUAUAUAUGAAAUUGUUCGGUAUGCACUUAUUUUGCUUUAAACUCCUGAAGGUAAACAUUAUAGUGUAGCAAUUUGUGUAAAGUGCACUGUGAUUUCAAGAAAGCACAGUAAAGUCACAGGUCUUGUUAUUCUUGCACUAAAAAUGUGUUUACGUAUAUUAGCCAAUGUAUGUCUACUUUAUCGCUCCUUUUGACAAAUUAAAGCAAAUGGUAUAAAAUAGUAUGGGGUUUUUUUUUUGUUUGGGUUGUUUAUUUUUAAGUGGACAAUGGCACUAUGUUUUUAAAUGACAGGGUUUUUAAAUAAAAUGAAAUCAUUCUGUGUUCAUUCCGAUGUAAUACAUUUACCAAUAUCUUGAAAUUGAAUGUCAUGUUGCUUUUUUUUAUAUUUCAUUAGAAAUUGUCAGGUAUGUGCCUGAGAUUGUGUAGGAGUAAGGAGUAGCUAGAGGCUAACUGUAAUCAUAUAUUAUUAGCCGUUUCUAUAUACACAGUAUAAAUACAUAUUAAUUUUCUUUUCAUUUUUGUACUUGAUUUUUUUAGGUAAGAUGUAAUUAAAUGUACUUUGAUACUUCUGAAGUAAUAAGAUGUUGUUUGAAGAUCAAUUCUGCUUUCUUUAGUGCAUUGACAAUAUUUUACAAUAAUUUAGUGCUUAUUUAUUUGUGCUCCAGUGUAAUUAUAAUAAAAAGCAAUAGUUUAAAAUA